UCGGUGCCGCUCGACGUCCAGGGGUACCCCGUCGCGCCGCCCGAGCUCGAGCUCGAGCAAGUGCACGUCUACAUUCGACAUGGUGAACGCACCCCAGUAGGCGUGCGGAUGGCGGAUCCCCGGCGUCGAUCCCGAAGCAUUGGAUGUUCUGCCACACCGCGCGCGACUUCCGUGCUGCGGUCGCCAGCGCGAGUCCAGCGGUUCCGGGCGUGCGGGGUCCAGUGGAUGGAGGGGAGGCACAGCACCAGGAGUCGCUAAGGACGGUGCGGGUGGUCGAGCGGCUGGAUGGGUCUGCUGCGCCGGGCGAAUGUCUUCUGGGAGAGUUGACAGACGUUGGGAGACAGGUGCGUAAAUCUUGCCUGUGGUACCUACACCCAACCGAUCGCAGAACUCCCGCUCACGGAAGAUGUGCUUUACGACUCUUUGAUUACAGACGACAUACGACUAUGGGCGAGCGCUCAGGCAACUCUACAUAGACAAGUACGUCGUCGCGUGGAGGUCCUGCGUGCUAACGAGUCAAUACUUAUGGCAUUUCAC